AUGUCGACUGUACCUCUUGUUACUUUGAACACUGGAGCUAAGAUGCCCAUAGUUGGGUUAGGAUGCUGGAUGGGCGAUACCGGCGCUGGUGAACGCGCAUAUGAGAUGUGUCGGAAAGCAAUAGCGAUUGGGUAUAGACACAUCGACACUGCAGCAGACUACGACGACGAAGCGCCCGUAGGCAGAGCGAUCCGAGAGUCAGAUGUCCCUCGCGAGGAGCUCUUCAUAACGACAAAGCUCAAUCAAGACCGCCACGACAGCGUCGCCGAAGCGCUCGACGAGUCUCUUGCGGCGCUCGGGCUCGACUACGUCGAUCUCUUCUUGAUCCACUAUCCUCAAGCUGAGAGGAACGGCAAGACGCUGCAGCCCGAGGAGUAUCCCACGAUUAAUGAUACGUGGGCGGAUAUGGAGAAGGUGUACAGGGAGGGGAAGGCGAGGGCGGUUGGGGCCAGCAACUUCAGCGUCAAGACUCUGGAUCAGUUGGAGAAGACGUGGACGGUUGUGCCUGCUGUGAAUCAGGUCGAGAUACACCCGUUUCUUCCGCAGAAUGCGCUCAGGGCGUAUUGUGAGGACAAGGGCAUUCAUCUGACUGCGUUCGCGCCGCUGGGUCAGCCGAUCGUAGGACAGGACGCGCCGUCGCUCCUACAUAAUGAGACGAUCGAGAAGAUUGCGGAGAAGUACGGAGCAACGACGGGCCAGGUCUUGCUCGGUUGGGGCGUUCAGUGCGGUACUAGUGUCAUCCCGAAGAGUGAGAAGGAGGAGCGUCUGCGCUCGAACUUGACGAUCCUGAAGCUUGAUGAGGCCGAUGUGAAGACCAUCGACAACUUGCACAAACAGCCCGGCUUGCAUCGUUCUUUGCUCGCUUUUCUGCACAGCAAGGAAGGUGUCAUGGGUUGGACGUAUGAGCAGCUCGGAUGGCCAUUCGACGAAAAGGGCAUCGUUUUAUAG